UAUUAUCGAUAAUUAUCGAUAGGUUUCCCAUCCCUAUUCAUUAUAUCAUAUAUUUUUGUUGUCAAUUAGUAUGAUAUAGGGUGAGACUAGAAAUCAAAAGUUAAUCUCGUUCGUUACCAUCUACGAAGUACAACUGAAAGUAUUAUUCAAAUCCGUCUGGAAAACGGAUCAAAACAGCCCCUAAAUAAGACCAGUGUUACUAGGAAGAAAACUUGUGAAUGAGUGCAGCGAAUGAAUUGCCAAUGCUAGCUGAGAACAACUAGGAAACAAAGAACAGAAUCACUUCCUGCCUGUUCGCUGCAGCAGUGAAUUAUAACAGAAUCCUUCAUCGGGAUAUCGGAUUGGUGUUGCUAACGCGGUCACGUAACGUUGUGAACGAGGAAUAACCUUCAUCAUCAAGGAAGGAAAAAUAAAUAAAACGAAUAAUGUUCGCAAUCUGUAAAAGUGGAGGAACCCUCAUCACUAACAUCCAAAGGUAUGGCGUACGCUGUAUUGGUUCCGUUGUUCCGGAGAACAGGUUGCCCGAAUUUCCCCUCGCAAACGAACCGGUGCUCGAGUACAGAAAAGGCUCGAAAGAGCGCAAAGAAUUGGAGGCUGCACUGAAGAAAACGGCUGCCAAAGUUGAGGACGUGCCGAUUAUCAUCGGCAGCGAGGAGAUUCGCACGAGCAAUGUUCGCCACCAGGUGAUGCCUCACAAUCACAGCCAGAAGAUUGCACAGUUCUACUGGGCGGACAAAAAGCUGGUGGAGAAGGCCAUAAAAACCGCAACGGAAACGCAGGUCAAGUGGGACCGAACGCCAUUAGACGAACGAAUCAAGAUCUGGCAGAAAGCGGCCGACCUUAUGGCGGGUCCAUAUCGGCAGGAACUGAAUGCCGCCACGAUGCUCGGGCAGGCUAAGACUGUGAUCCAGGCGGAGAUCGAUUCCGCUGCAGAACUAAUUGAUUUUAUUAGGAUGAACACGUUCUAUCUGAAGGAAGCAAGUAAAUAUCACCCAAUCAGUGAAAAUGCUAAGGUUACGAAAAACUCGAUGCGAUUCCGCGGAAUUGACGGAUUUAUCGCAGCUGUCAGUCCGUUCAACUUCACCGCAAUCGGUGGAAAUCUAGCAUACACACCGGCUUUGAUGGGCAAUGGAGUUUUAUGGAAGCCGUCCGACACGGCCCUUCUUUCCAACUAUAUCAUCUUCAAAAUAAUGCGGGAAGCUGGCGUGCCUCCGGGCGUCGUCAAUUUUAUCCCUACUGAUGGUCCAGUAUUUGGUGAUACUAUCACCGCAUCUCCGCACCUGGCCGGAAUCAACUUCACCGGCUCUGUUCCCACCUUCAACCGGUUAUGGCGUCAGGUCGGGGAGCACAUUAACAUCUAUAACAACUUUCCACGUUUGAUCGGCGAGUGCGGUGGUAAAAACUACCACUUCAUCCACCCGUCGGCUGACGUCCAAUCGGUUGUGAACGGAACAAUCCGAUCGUCGUUCGAGUUUUGCGGCCAGAAGUGCUCGGCCUGCUCCCGUAUGUACGUUCCCGAAUCUCUGUGGCCGAAGGUAAAGGAAGGCCUGGUGAAGGUUCGUGACACCUUGAAGAUUGGAGAUGUGACUGAUUUCAGCUGCUUUACAUCGGCCGUAAUUGACGACAAAGCGUUUAGUCGGAUCAAAUCCUACAUUGAUCACGCAAAGAGCUCGAAAAACUUGCAGAUUAUUGCUGGAGGCAAGUGUGACGACAGCAAAGGCUACUUUAUCGAGCCGACGAUCGUGCAGUCGACCGAUCCGCAGGAUAAGAUCAUGGUGGAGGAAAUUUUCGGUCCGGUGCUAAGUGUGUACGUGUACAAAGACAAAGAUCUGGAUCAGACCAUGAAAUUGGUUGGUAGCUCCACGCGGUUUGCUCUGACCGGGGCAGUCUUUUCAAAAGACGAGGCAUUCCUCAAACGAGCGUUGGAGGAGUUUAAGCUGACUGCCGGAAAUUUCUAUAUCAAUGAUAAAUCAACCGGUUCCGUAGUAGGACAGCAGCCGUUUGGUGGUGGUCGUAUGUCUGGAACAAACGACAAAGCCGGAGGUCCGCACUACGUGCUUCGGUGGUCGACGCCCCAAUCGAUCAAGGAAACUUUCGUCCCGCUGUCCGAAGUUGAAUAUCAGUAUAUGCGCGAGUAAGGUAAACCGGCUUAUCGGCUAGUAUUGACCAGAGGUGUUUUCUUUUUCACACAAAUUAGAACUUUAAUUUUCACCGCUCGAACCUGGCUUCACCAAUACGCACGACGUGAGAGUAGCCUCAACUCACUGUGAUCUUAACAGUUUAGCAGAGUACCGAUUGCACUAGCUGCAUGCUAUCGGUAUCGCUAGAGGAAAACUUUACAGUUUAAUUUGCAUUCUCGAAAACCCUUUAUUUAUUCAUAUCAAACAUCAGCUGUUUGAAAGUCCGUUUUAAACUCUAUCACAAGCCGCUUUUACAUACAUCCCAAUUUACCACCAUCCGAAAUUUGCUAGUUCUGUUAAGUUACUUUAAAAUUUAAGUACCUUUCUCUCGUGAACGAGUUGUUACCAUAAUCGAUUCCUUGAGUUUUAAACUAUCAUUGUUGAUCAAUAAAUUUUGGUUUCGUGUUUUUACCACUUAUUGUUCAAUUAGUUAUUUGCAAUAAAGCACACGACAUGAAGAAUUUGUAGAGGCAAAAUUAUCAAUUGACACUAACAAUUUCAACUUUGACAAUAUAACGGUAUGAUCAGAAGAAAAAGAAUGUUGCUGGAACGAACCCUCAUCUCGUAAUAUACUAACAAGGCAUUAUCUAACCAUUUAAUCAACAUGUGCUAACCAUUACUACAGAACUAUAAAAACAUGCAUGUGUCCUAAGUACACGCCUACACCGUGUUGCCGAAGAGUAUCAUUUCUUCGAAUCGAAUGGCGACACGUAAACUGUGACAUCAACAGUUAUGUUUUGUUUGCCAUGUAUAGCGAAUUCGUCUCGCCCCCUGAAAGCCCUUCGAAAAAAAAUCUGAUGAGAACAGUCGAACGAUUUUGGAGCUACUACCAAAACCUACGUGAUUAAGGAAACGUUUUAGUUAGCUACUGUGUAGUGGACAUACAUAACAAACAUCGUUACUGAAUUAAUCGAAUACUUUUCUUGGCAGAUCUCCGAAGUAUGUCCUAGAUAUGUCCGCUACUCGAUCGAAAUUUUUGUGUAUGUGUAGAAAAUAUGGAAUUAUCUGAAAAUGGGUUAUACCAAGAUAAUUAUUAGCAGUUAAGAAGAUUUGGAAGUCGAGUUAAUAAAUGUUAAAAUCGUC